GCCUCCAGGACAGUCUGAUAGGGAGCGCCUGGGAAGCGGAUCAGCACCUCCUACCGUCUGGCAGGCAGCAAUACUGGGAGAAGAGCUACCGUCCCGCGGUCGAGGGAUGGCAGCUAUGUUUAAGGAGACAGAACUUUGGUUCAAAAGCCUGAGGAAGCAAGAUCAGCCUACUAGCAAACAGAAACGGAAGUGCUGGUCGCUCUCACGCUCCCUGCCGGAGCUCGCGUGUGACCCAUCGGACGUGGCCAGGACCCGCCAGAGCUCCCAGGAGAGCCGCCUUCGACGUCGGACGGUGCAGGUCCAGCGCCACCUGGAGGCCCUAGUUGAGCAGAGUCGCCGCCAGACGGCUCUGCUGCUGCGCCGCCAGCAGAGAGCCACCGCCGUCCAGAGGUUCCUUCGGCAGCCCAUCGCCGCCCCGCAGUUUACAUGUGAGAACACGGAACAAGGAGAUACCUGCUGUCCGCUGACGGGCCCGUGCGGCUGCCGCGCCACCAGCGACCCCUCUGCUGAGCGGCUGGCGUGGCGACAGAGCGACCCCGACCUCUGCCGAGAGAGGACCUACCCGGGACUACCGUGCCGCGUGCCGUGCUGCGAGCCGUUCUACACGCAGCAGGCGGCGGCAGAGAACCACCGCUAUCCGUGGCGAGGAGCGCACACCAUAUAA